AUGAACGGAUUUUCUCUUCCAGUUUCCUACUAUGUCUACUAUGUCGAGACUUUGGGAACUCACAUUGAGAUCAAGAGAGUGGCAGAGGAAAGGGUCACUUUGCCUUGUCACCAUGAGCUGGGGCUUCCAGAGAAAGACACCCUGGAUAUCGAAUGGCUGCUCACAGACCAUGAAGGGAACCAAAAAGUGGUCAUCACUUACUCCAGUCAUCAUGUCUACACCAACUUGACUGAGGAACAGAAGGGUCGAGUGGCCUUUGCUUCCAAUUUCCUGGCAGGUGAUGCCUCACUGCAGAUCGAACCUCUGAAGCCCAGUGAUGAGGGCCGGUACACCUGCAAGGUGAAGAAUUUAGGACGCUAUGUGUGGAUUGAAGUCAACUUAAAAGUCUUAGUGAAACCAUCCAAGCCCAAGUGUGAGUUGGAAGGAGAGCUGACAGAAGGCAGUGACUUGAUUUUGCAGUGUAAGUCAUCCUCUGGCACACAGCCCAUUGUGUAUUACUGGCAGCGGAUUCGUGAGAAAGAGGGUGAGGAUGAACAUUUACCUCCCAAAUCUAGGACUGACUACAACAACCCUGGCCAUGUGCUGCUGCAAAACCUCACCAUGUCCUCCUCUGGGCUGUACCAGUGCACAGCAGGCAACGAGGCUGGGAAGGAAAGCUGUGUGGUGCGAGUGACUGUACAGUAUGUACAAAGCAUCGGCAUGGUUGCAGGAGCCGUGACAGGCAUGGUGGCUGGAGCCCUGCUGAUUUCCCUCUUGGUGUGGCUGCUAAUCCGAAGGAAAGACAAAGAGAGAUAUGAGGAGGAAGACAGACCUAAUGAAAUCCGAGAAGAUGCUGAAGCUCCUAAAGCUCGCCUGGUGAAACCUAGCUCCUCUUCCUCAGGCUCCAGGAGCUCACGCUCUGGAUCUUCUUCUACCCGCUCCACAGCAAAUAGUGCCUCCCGGAGUCAGCAGACACUUUCAACUGAAGCAGCACCCCAACCAAGGCGGGCCACCCAAGCACACAGUCUAGAGCGGCCGGAGAGGAGAAGUUCUGGGCAAAAGAAAGCCCACCAUGCUACAGUGACCAAAGCAGAAACCGCAUCCAACAGGAUCCCCAGUCAUAGCAGCGCCUUCCAUUAGAGUGGACUCACUCCCGUGCUUUCCUCCGAGGUGUCACAGGACUCGUCUGGUCAUUGGCGCUCAGUAGUAAGCCACGCAGCCCCUCAGACCAGAUACACGGUCAUUUAAAGAGCAGUGAACACUGCAUGAGAUGGAUUCAAAUGAGCACUUUUCUUCUGUGGCAACAAACAAGCCACAGGAUGUAAGGCGAUCACCUCCAAAAAGGCCCUCACUGUGCCCUCAGAGCAGAAUUGGGGAAAACAAGCCUUCUACCACGUCAGUGUGUUAGCCAGAACCCGUGGUAAGAGGGUUGUAAAAUGGAAAGUGAACAUAGUUAAAACUUCUCACCUGGAAUCAAUUCUUGUAUGAUGCUUUAAUUCACUAUUGUCAAGAAGAAAUGAGGUGUUUGUAAGUUUUCUAUGCAUUUCUGCAAAUCUAAUGGAUUGCUGUGAUUAUUCAGAUAGUCAAGCAGAACUCACAGCCUUGCAGGACACCUAUCCGCACCACGCACUGGGCUUACUGCUUCUGAGAAACUCCGUAAACGAAACCAUAUCUCUUUUAUUUUGACUUGAUUUCGCUUGCCACAAGAUUUGAAAAUUAAUUUCAAAGGACGUUGAAAUGGUGGGAGAUGGAAAAGUUGGAUUUUCCUAUCUCUAUUAAAUGCUGAGAAUGGAAAAAAGGAAACCAAAAUGUAUGAGACUGGAGUGUGAAAAACUUUCCAUCUUAAUGAUGUGCAGAGGAUCACUGACAAAUAUCACACAUACAUUCUGGAACAAUUGUGGAUUUUCCCUCAAGUAUGAUGUCUACGAGGACAAGUGCUGGAGAUCUCUGGAGGAAGAAAACAUUCCACGCAUGCCAUUUACCAAUGUCCUUAGAAAAAGUAUUCUAGAGAUCAAAGAUAUCUUUUAGGUAUGCUGAAAGAUCACCUGAUAAACCAUUAUAGUCUCAUUCUUGUAAGAGGUGAAACCAGAAUUUCAAGGGACUCGAAUAGAAAGGGAGACCAAUUUCUCUUAAUAUGUCAAGGAGUGACAAAGUUUAGCAUUACACCACACUUUGAGCUUACUCUAGUUUUUUCAUUCAAGGAAAGCAAUGUGAAUCUGGCACUUCUAAAGACUGUAGCCUUAACUUACCAAAAAGAUUCAGGAUUAUCAAUAUUUCAUAAUGGUUUUGCAAAUAUAAUCAUUCUCCCGAGAGGCUGAGAUAUUUUUACAGUCUUCAAGCCUAGCUCUGAACUAGAAGGGAACAAACAUUAAGAGUAGAGUUGUUUGUAAGACAACUAGUGGGUGGCAAACGUGAACGGAGCUGGUGCUUAUUAACACUUCAGUUGUCAGCAUCUUGGAAGAAAAUAGCAAAGAUGAUUCACUAGUAUAGCUAUAUAGAGAGCUGAUUCAUAGAGCCAAAAGGUGUCUGAAAAAUAAACAGCAACAGCCUCAAAUACAAUAACUUGUCUUUUUAGUUUUGACCACUUUGCUCCUAUGGCAUGUACAAAACAAACAAGCCCAAACCCAUCACUAUUGCCUCAAUUCUUACUCAUAGUCACCCCAUGUGACACAGGAGAACUGUGCCAUAAGAUCUUCAAGGCUGUGCCUCCUUUUCGAAGCAGGCUGUCCCAUCCCCCCACCCCAACCAACCACCACUCCUCAGUGGCUGGUGGGUUUGAACCACUAGCUUUUUACUUAGUAUUCAAGUACUUAACCACACCACCACUGGGGCUCCCUCAUGUCAUGGGUGCUGGGCCUGAACCAGCUCUUCAAUGACUCUUGGUCAGAUGUCAACUGAUAACCUCAGGAGAACAGGAUAUUGCUUAUGAUUAAAAGGAAAGUGGGCUAGAGGGAAGAAUGCUGAAAACGAUUGACAUAUGCAGUGCUUUUGAAAUGGGUAUCAGACAUUAAAGGAAUAAAGCUAAA